UACGCUGUUGCCAUAGUAACCGUUGUUAGCUGGAGCAGAUUUGUUGUUGGCUAAUUUUGGAGCUAGUUGUGUUGACGCUGUUGGCGUCAGUUGUGUUCAUAUGUUCUGCCUUCAGAAAAAGCUAAUCAAAUAUACACAAACGCGUUUUAUUUCUGCUCUGAAUCGGAUCGGCACUGGAAGACAGAAGAUGUCAGGAGAUCUUGUAGCUGUGUGGGACGUGGCUUUGAGUGAUGGUGUGCACAGGAUUGAAUUUGAACAUGGCACAACCACAGGAAAGCGGGUCAUUUACAUAGAUGGAAAGGAAGCCAUAAGGAGAGAUUGGAUGUUCAAACUGGUUGGAAAGGAGACUUUUCAUGUGGGUGGUACAAAUACAAAGGCCACUAUUAACAUCGAUGCAGUGAGUGGCUUUACAUACGAGUACACUCUCGAGAUUAACGGACAGAGCCUGAAGAAUUACAUGGAGAAUCGCUCCAAAGUUACCAGCACAUGGCUCCUCAACCUUGAUGGCAUUGACUGCAGAGUGGUUCUGGAGAAAGAUUCCAUGGAUAUAUGGUGCAAUGGACAGAAAAUGGAAACAGCUGGUGAGUUUGUUGAUGACGGCACAGAGACGCAUUUCACUCUGGGUGACCAUGACUGCUUCAUUAAGGCUAUGAGCAGCGGCAAGAGACGAGAUGGCAUCAUUCACACGCUACUGGUGGAUGGCAUGGAAAUCUCAGAGUCCGAGUGAUCUGUGUGAAUGAGUGUGUGAGUGUGUUUGGAUUAUCCAUCCUCAUGAGAAGUGAAUAUACAGUCAGGUCCAUAUACAUUUGGACACAGGCACAAUUUAAUUUUUUUUAGCCGUUGAUCAAAA